GCGCGAGAGGAAGGCGUUAGCGGUGGCUGUUUCGAGACGUGCUUUUUCGCAAAGUGAACUUCUCCUGAGCAUGAGGUCGCCGUCCCUUCUCAAGAAGGAUGGAGUUUUCCGAGCACAUUAAAACGGCCAAUGUGGAAGAUGUGGUGCUCAAACUGCCUUUCCAGCCGCCCCUGAGGGGAACGCUGUGCGUUACCGGCCACCACCUCCUGUUCUCGGACAGAGCAGAGGAGAGAGAAUGGCAGCUACUGCUGCUCCUCAGGAACAUAGAUGCCGUCGAGAAGAGUGUUGAGAAUCUACUAGGAUACCCCCAGCAUGCCAAAGCUGGCCAGAGCCAAAGAACAACUGGCUCAUCAGGUACCAUCAUUAUCAAGUGUAAGGACCUCCGCAUUCUCCAGCUUGAUAUUCCUGGAAUGGAAGAGUGCCUUAACAUUGCCAGUUCUAUAGAGGCUCUCUCCUCCCUGGAGAGUGUGGCAGAAAUGUAUCCAUUCUUCCACCGGCCACGUGAGCUCAGUCUGAAUGAUCCCUGGGGUCUCUCCUCUCCAGAGCAGGACUACGCACAAACAGAGAGGCUGUGGGACAGGUGGAGGCUGAGCAAAGUCAACUCAGAUUUCUCAGCGUGUCCGUCAUACCCUGGUGCCGUGAUUGUACCCCGAACUGUAGACGAUGACACACUCGUGAAGGCAGCGCGUUUCCGACAGGGUGGAAGGUUCCCCGUGCUCUGCUACUGUCAUCACAGAAACAGCAUGGUGAUCCUGCGUAGCAGCCAGCCCAUGACGGGAGCCAAUAGGAAGCGAUGCAGGGAGGACGAGCUCCUCCUCCAGGCAGUGAUUGACGAAUCAGAGUUGGGUUACGUCAUAGACACACGCUCCGCCCAGCAAUCUCAGCAGGCCAGGAUGACAGGAGGAGGGUUUGAGUCCAAAUCCUUCUACCGACCCUGGAGGAGGAUCCAUAGACACAUGGAGAGAGGAAAGGUGUUGCAGGAGAGUUUGAUCAAGCUGGUAGAAGCAUGUGGCGACCCAUCUCACCAUAUGGACCGCUGGCUGAGCAAGCUGGAGAACUCCAAAUGGCUGUCUCACGUUCACAGUGCUCUGUCCACAGCAGGCCUGGUGGCAGAGUGUGUGGAGAGGGACGGUCACUCAGUGCUGGUGCAUGGCUCUGAGGGGACAGACACCACGCUAUUGGUGACCUCACUGGCUCAGGUCAUCCUAGAUCCUGCCUCCAGAACAUUCAGAGGCUUCCUUCAACUAGUGGAGAGAGAGUGGGUUCAGGCAGGCCACCCAUUUCAGCAGCGCUGCGCCCGUUCAGCCCACUCUCAUGCCCGCCUGAGGCAGGAGUGCCCGUCCUUUGUGCUGCUGCUGGACUGCGUGUGGCAGAUAUGGAGGCAGUUCCCACUGGCGCUGGAGUUCAGUGAGGCUCUGCUGCUGAGGCUAGCGCAGGAAGCAUACGCCUCAGACUACGGCACCUUUCUCUGCAACAAUGAACAGGAGCGAUGUACUUUAGGGGUGAGGGAAAACACUCACUGCUUGUUCCAGUUCCUCUUGCGGUGUAGAGAGAGAGAGAAGUACAUUAACCCACUGUAUGAACCCACAGAGCUGGCUAUCUGGCCUUCAGUGCAGCCACAGUCGCUCCAGUUAUGGACUGGUCUGUUCCUCAGGUGGACCGAGCAUGCUGAAACCAUGGCCGAGGCUCGAGAGGAAAUCUGGACUAUCGUUAAAGAACACAGAGAGAGAACCGGAGCUGAGCAGACCACACGCACACCUCUUACCCAUCGCGACACCUUCACUGCCGUGGAGAAUCUCAUGGAUGAGUUGACUAUACUCUGACCUCAAAAGGACGUUCAUUCCUAUUCAAAUCAAGGCAAACAAUAUAAUUCCGCCGUUUCUGUUCAGUUCGCUGUGGCCGCAAGAAGAAAACAGAAGCCUAAAUGAGUUUGAGCUAAGUUUGCUUUGGCAGUCUGCAUUAAUAGAUGUUACAUGAACAUUGACAGAAUACUUGAUCUUGCUUUUAACCACUGGACUCAGUAUUUAUUCUUCCCAGCCACAGAGGAUGUCAAGCAAUUUCACUGUGACCAUUUGGCUUGUGACAGUCUGACCCUCUUCACACUGUGGUCACAUUGUGCCUCAAGAUACCACCUUGUGGAUGAGAUACAUAACUACUGUUAACAGAAAUGUCUUCUAAUUAUUUAAAAUAAAACCUAUAUUAUUUAAUGCAUUCUGCUGUGCGUUCAGUGAAGUGCCUUUUAUUGUGGUGUCCACAUAAACCAAGAACAUGCUCAGUUCUUCAGUUUAUUCAGGUAAUAUUCAACAUACAUGAAUAUCAGUGCAACUUCAGUCACAGCAAUACAGUGAAAUUUUUCAUAAAAUAGCUCUACACCUGUCUUUGCCUGUGUAUUAGGUAACAUGCUAAAGCACUUGCUUCAUGUACUUGCAUAGAAUAAAUGGGCAAGUAUGAAUGACGUAAGAGGGGUAGUAAGAGAGCCAUUGUAUCAAAACAUUCAGAUUGAUGCAUCAAUAGUUGUUUUAUUAUUGGUAUUAAUAACUGGUAUGUAAUAAAGCAAGUGGACCUAAACAGAA